AGGUGACAGAGUUACUCCAGCUGUUGUUGCUUAUUCAGAAAAUGAAGAGGUUGUGGGAUUGGCGGCAAAACAAAGUAGAAUAAGAAAUAUUUCAAAUACAGUAGUGAAAGUAAAGCAGAUCCUUGGCAGGAGCCAGAAAUUCAGUCCUCGGACCUGGCUUCUCAGCAAUUAGCCCUGAGAGGGAAGAAUCGGCUGGCUCCUGGAAAAUAGACUGAGAGCACCAGUGCUUCUUCCCCACACCUUCAGACUUGCGCCUUGCUGCCCAGGAGUUCCCUUCAGCUAGUCUUCCUUCCCAGUCCACUAUGGCCAGUGCCAAUAGCAGUGCGGGCAUCCGGUGGUCCAGACAGGAGACGCGGACUCUUCUCUCCAUACUAGGCGAGGCAGAGUAUAUUCAGCGCCUCCAGACUGUGCAUCAUAACGCGGAUGUCUAUCAGGCUGUGUCUAUGCGAAUGCAGCAGGAAGGCUUCCGCCGCACCGAGCGUCAGUGCCGCUCCAAGUUUAAAGUUCUGAAGGCGUUGUACUUAAAGGCGUAUGUCGCCCAUGCCACAAGUCUGAGCGACCCGCCACACUGUCCAUUCUACGAUACGUUGGAUCAGCUUCUCCGAAGUCAGAUAGUGACGGACCCAGACAACUUGAUGGAGGAUGCUGCUUGGGCCAAGCACUGUGAUCAGAACUUGGGGGCCUCUGACACCCCAGGGGAAGAAGGAACCAGCAUUCUGAGAGCAAAAAGGACUCAAGCAGCAGAUCACCAGCCUACCUUGAAAACAGUUAAGGAAUCAGAUGAGGAUUGUCAGCUGAGAAUCAGUGACCAGAUGCGAGAAACCAGUGACCUUGAUGACCCCUGGGAUGAAUCCUCGGGUGCAGGGUGCUCUCAAGGGACCCCCAGCUACAGCAGCUCCCACCACCUUUUCAGAGGUGCAGUUGCUCCCUGUCAGAGCAGCCCCCUGGCCAGACUGGGUGUGUCCGGUGAGCCCAGCCCUGGCACCAGCACCAGCCGAAACACUCCUGGGGUGGCCUCCACACAGCAGCCUCCAAUCUCCGGAGUUCCUUUUGUUUCUGGUGGGGAUAGGCCUUUGACCAGUGAGCCCCCUCCAAGGUGGGCAAGGCGAAGAAGGCGGUCAGUGGCCAGGACUAUUGCAGCUGAAUUGGCAGAAAAUAGGAGGUUGGCACGAGAACUUUCAAAGCGUGAGGAAGAAAAGUUGGACAGGCUGAUCGCUAUUGGUGAGGAGGCCAGUGCUCAGCAGGACACGGCCAACGAGCUCCGCAGGGAUGCCGUCGUCGCAGUCAGACGCUUGGCGACAGCGGUGGAAGAGGCCACCGGUGCUUUCCAGCUAGGCCUUGAAAAAUUGCUUCAGAGGCUAAUUUCGAAUACCAAAAGUUAGGCACUGGUCACACAAGGCUGUACUUCCUAACGUGGUAGAAGCCCAGAUCCAGCAGUUGCCUUCUCAUACCCUGGUUCCUUUGCCAUGUCCUCAGAAAAAAUGUAGAUGAGCCAUGAUUCUGCAGGAAUAACGUGCUAGUUGCUUUUCCCAAGCUUCUCCACUAACUGAAAGACCUUUCAGAUAUGUGAGGGGUGGCCGAAUAGAAAAUAAAUGGUGCCAAGUCCGGAGAGCUGGUUAGCCUUGGCUUUGGCACUGAUGUGAGGCAAUUUAGUUUACCUCUCUACACCAGUUUCCUCAUCUGUCAAAUGGGAGCUAGGUAACAACUCCUGACCUGCCUACCUCACAGGGUUGUUGUGAGGAGCAAACCGCUGAUAGAUGUGAAAGGGUUUAAAUAUUUAAAAGCACUAUACACGUGUAAGUUAUUAACAUAUUUGACCCUGGCCGAGGUAAGGCUAGGGUGAGGUGCAUUAAUUGACAAGAUAUAGAAUUGUGGUUGUAUGCCAUGAUGACCUCAUUGCUUGAAUCUUUAUUAGUUUAACUUGACUGCUUCCUGGAGUUUGAGAUCUUCAUUUUUUUAAUCACUCUAUAGCUCAAGACUACUAUAGAGACAACAUGUAUAUUAGUACCUUCCUCUCAUUUUCACUGCUGUGUCUAUAACAUACUAGUAAACUCACUAGUCAAACCAUCUUUCCCUCCAUUUUGGUAGUUCUUAGUCUCAGAACUGACAGGGAGCCACAAUUGUGUGUUACGGUGCAUAUUGAUAAGCUUUGGUAUAAUGAGAUAUUGGCUGUUUUACAAAAUAUUAAAUGUAAGUAAAUUCUUUGCAUUCCAUAUUACUUGGGUCCCUUUAUAUGUAUAAUUAUAUUUUUUUAAGUUUGGGUUGCCAUUUGAUCAUCAUGGAAAGAAUUCGGAUUAUAUCAGUUUUUCAAGUGCUUUUAGCUAAUUUCAUUCUUUUCUAUUAGCCUUUUUUCUCUCUUAUGUGUUACAGAAGGCAGAACUUUCCUUCUAGGGAAAUUUCCAGUCAUUUUUUCUCAUAUGGUAUAGGUGAAAGUUCACCUAGUUAGUGGCAUAUGGUGGAAAAGAACAUUUGAGGGUGAUGUGAAUAAAGACUGCCUGCAAUAGAGAACUCCUUUUAAGCACAAGCUCUCAACAAAUGGAUUCCCUUUCCACCCCAAAACCCACACCCUUCCUUUGGGGUAUGGAAAGGUGUUGAGCCAUACUUCCAGUCUACUUCAGAAGGGAAGCCAUCACUGGCCAUCGUUAAACUAACUUAAAGCUUUUAGUGCUUUACUUAGUACUUUCAGGAAAUACAAAUAGGAGCCUUGGAUUUUAAACAGUUUUCUUUCAAUCUAGAGGCUGAAAAAAAAAAGUGUGAGCAUGUUGGGAGAGAUUUUAUAUUUUGCAGGGUUAGGUGCUUAAUGCUGGAAUACAAAUAGGCAGAGCAAUGGGUAACACAACAGUGGGACUAUACCUGGAGCUGCUCCGAUGAGUAGGAGACAGGGGUAGGAGGCAGCUGGUGUGCAUACCCUGGAGUCUAGUUAAACUCCUGGGUUCUCAUCCUGUCACGUGCCACAGCUCCAUUGGCAAAAUCACUUGCCCUUUUUGUGCCUCCAUUUCUUUAUCUGAAAUGAGAGAUUUGUAUUAGAUGACUUUUCUAGUACCUUCCAAUUCUAAAAUUUUAUGACAAGUAGCAUAACAAAAAAGGCAACAUGAAAUUUUAAUUGUAGUAUUUUCAGUCACAGUCACAUAUUUAUGUUUGAAAUACUGGUAACAAUUGUAUUUUAAGGAAGCAUUCUACAGAAGUAGUAUUUAUUAAUAUACUGAACGUCUAUCAACACCAUGCCAGACAAAGAUUCUUUGUUUUUAAAGGAGCAUAUAUUAAGGCAUUAAAAUGGACACACACACACACACAAACACACAUUUUCUCAAUUGCUUUAGGCCAUUAUAUGGAGGGAUACGCGUCAGUUAUAACUAGAUAACACUAGAUAAUGUAGGUACGUAGACUUUUUGGAAAAACAGGGAAAUACUUGAAGGAGAAUUAGGCCUGUACGACAUUAAUCUGUUAAUGAUAGCAAAACACAUAGGCGAGGAUUUAUGUGAGAUAAGAGAAGUGCUGAAGAACAGGAGCGGAGUUCAACUUGGGAGGUAGUAUGGUGAAAAUCGAAUGGGUGAAGUAACCUUAAUGUGGGAAUCAAACUGAAGGGAAAGGUCUUAAAGGAGUACACAGAAAAAUAGGCAAAAGACUGUUACGAGGAGGGAAGUUGUAAUAAGGAGAGGUCGUGUGAAAGAAAACAAGCCCAGAAAUGCCGCGUAAGUUCUAGGCCCCAUCAUUGCUCCCAGUCUAGCCUUAGGUGGGUCAUUUCACCAUUCUGUACCUCAGGUUCCUCAGCUCUGAAGUGGGAAACUACUAACUAUCCUACCUCCCUCAAAGGAAUGUUGGGAGGGUCAAAUGAAUGUAAAAACUCAGACAUGGAAGGCACUGUACUGUGCCCGUAGCGGGGACGAGGACCCUGUGGCACAUGCGUGCUGACGUCCGCCAGGUCUGAGGGCCUGCUGACUGCAAGAGACGAGUGUUGAGGAAGGGCAAGAGAAUGGCUUUGCUGGUAAAGGUUGUGAUCGCAGUGGUCGGAUUCACACUCUGCUCCUAGAGACCGUGUUGUGACUGGGGUGCUAUGUAUACCAACCUCCCGCCACCCUUGGGUUAUCUGUUACAUAAUUCAAUCCUGAUGUGGACAAUAAAGUUUUUACUUGUACGUAGUUGUGGGUCAGUCCGCUACUUUCUGGCGCUAUCCGUGAUCAUUUGUCACCUCUAUCCUCUGCUUUCUGCUCUGCUAGCUAAUCUCCAGGGUCUUGCCUGUGUAUGGCCCCAAGAGCAAUGUGUGCUUUCUGUCCUCACAUGAGCGAGGCCUUUGCAUAACAGUUGAAAAAUAAUUUUUCAUUUCUAAGAGUUCUGUAAAAUUCAUAAAAGAUCUUCUCCUAGCAAAUUAUCUUGUCUGAGUGAUAGAUAACCUACACAUAAUAGGAUAAAUUAUACUGGUUGACUUCAGUUGUAUUCCAAAGAAAGAACUGGUGUUGUGCACUAAUUAUAACACUGGUGCAAGAAAAUUACUGCGGGCACACUUCCACUUUUUUUCUUAAGAGGUUUUGU